UCUUUUGUUAGGUUGGAAAUUACUUAUGUAUAUAAACAUCCGGUUUGUUCUACGUAUAUCCAUAUUGCAAGUUCAUAGAUAACAUUGACAUUGUUGUAACGUUUCGUUAAACGCUAAUACAUAUAACUGUCAAUUUUGCAAGUUCGACAACAAAUAUAUACUAUUUACUUUGAUAACUAGUUUCAUAAGAUAACAAUGUCUUAGUAGCUUUAAUAACAGCUUAAGAGAAUACAAUCUUCUCACCGAAAAAUGUAUGAUAAGUUGAUUUAGUGUAAUGUUAUUUUAUUAUAUAAACCAUUGAUACAAAGGCGACAUUUCUAAGCUGCGUGUGACGCCUGUAGUUUAUCAACAUGAAGGAAGAACUUGAGGGUAAUGAAAACAUAAAUUUAUCAGACAUAAUCGAAGCACUGUUAAACUCCUUGGAUGAUAAAAAUCAAGAUGUUAGACAAUCUGUAACUGAAUCAGUUGUAAGAAUAAGCGAGAAGAAUUCAGAUGUCGUAAUUCAAACAGCUGUAUGUUUUUGGGAACAACAUAGAAAGAUAUCCACAGAACAUAAGGCUUGUCUAUUGAAUGUAAUGUCCAAUAUGUGCAAGUAUAUAUCUACAAGUUUAAAUGCAGACUUAGCAUCAUCUGUUGCUGACUUAGCAGUAAAUGAAUUAGUAGGAGAGACAGAGACUGGAGCAGCUGAGUUGUUGGUUGCUCUUUCUAAAACGCAUUGCACUCAAGCCAUGGGUGGACUUUUAAGUAGAUUAGAACCUGGAGUACUUCCUCACCAUGCACUAGUCUUUACAAUAGGAAAGCUUGCAACAGCUAAUCCACCUGGGAUGUUGUCUUUUGUUAAGCUAACAUUAACAAUUAUUUUGCCAAUGUUAAACCAAAUACGUGAGGAAAAUCUGAAGCAGGCAAUUUGUUUCACAACUGGCAGAUUAUGUGAGGCGAUAAAUGAUUGUCUAAUGAAUACUGCAGAAAUCAAUAGUCAUACGUAUCAGGAGGAAAUUUAUUCUGUCUUUGAUAUUCUGACUCAUAGUUGGUUGAAAAUGUCACGUGAUUUCAAAACAACUGAAGCUGUUUUAACAGCAUUAGUUCCUAUGAUACCUCUAUUACCUCAAGAAGUAGUUAGUGAAGACAUUGUAAAAUUGGUACCUGUGUGCUUAAAUCUCUGUAAGAAGCAAACUGUGCGUUUAGCUGCUGUAAAGGUUUUGGCUGUAGCCUUGAACAGUGCAACGACUAUUGAUGACAAAGAAACACUUCACCCAUAUAUGGAACAGAUACAUCAAACUUUGUCUGGAUUCGUCAGUAUUUUUCCUUUUGAAGCGUCGCGGGAUGUACUUCUUACGCAUUACGAGGUUUUACAAUGUUCUAGAUCAUUGGUCAUUUUAUAUCCCGAAGAAGGUCUCGAUAGAACUUUACAGCAGGUAAAAUCUUCGAAUGCCGGUCAACGUGCUCGUGCUUUGAUAGUUCUGAGACAUCUCAUAAACACUCUUCCACCAGAGGACGAUGGGUCAUUGAACAGAAUUGCGCUCACUCUGCAAGAGUCUCUCGGAGAGACUAGCGCUCGGCAGAUGGUUGGUGCCAUAGUGGCGCUUGCGGCAAGACCAACAUUCUCUCUUUCAUCAUCGCAGAGAGUCAUCUUUAUUCGUUAUAUGGUGUCCCAUUGCGGAAUCAAAAGUAACGACACAGAAGCGUAUUCUGAUGCUUUGCAUUUACUCGCGACUACAGUCGAUGGAGCUGAAUUGUGGCUGUGGCCGUGUUUGAUAGAUAUUUUGUUGGACUCGAAUUACGUAGCAUCUGCUGCAUCCGUAUUACGUGCAUUAUCGCCUUUAGCCGCAAAAAUAAUAUCUAGCGAAAUUUCCUCAAUGCCCGAGAGAGAUUUCCCAGGUACAAAAGUGCUGAGCAGAUGUCUUGAAUUAUUAGGCGAACCAGCUAACCGUCUAACAGCAAUCACCUUUCUCAAAAUAGCAGCACCUUUGGUAGGACAUCGAUUGAAGCCUUAUUGGGAUAAAAAACUUUCAGAACUUUCACAGUUUUUACAAGACGAGCAAAAGAAUAUUCUGAGGAAUUCCGCACAACGAGAUUUAAUUUGGGAAGAGAAAGUGGUAGAAUGGCUGGAAGAGAGCGUGAAACUAGAGGGAGAUUCGUGGGGUGUCAAGCUCGCUGACGAGCUUGCUUUGAAAUCGAGCGCGCCCGGUAUAGCGCCGCUGUUUGCUUUGAUGUGCAACAAUCAUGCUCACAUUAUUCUACUGGUCGAACACGCGCGCUCCCAUGGCGGUAACAAAGAAUACGCGCGGGCGGUUGGUAUCUGCGCUAAACGACAUCUCAGUACUGUGCUGAAAGUGUUGGACGAAUUCUGCACCGCGGAAGAUACCCGGAAGGUCCCUGUGAGGAUAUUAGGCUUUAUGAAAGAUUUCGUCAAAGAUUUCGCAAAAACCACAGACGUUACGGAAGCAGCGAAAGCGGGAUUGUUACAGUCUUACGCGGAAAUCGCUCAAAGAGCAGAUCCGGAUGAAUUCUUCACAACGUUCGAGGAACAAGUGUUACCGUGGACUGUCAAACAUUUGACUACAUCCAAAGAAUUGUCUACGAAGGAAGCGGGAUUAUCGGUUUUAGAACAUUUGAGCAAAGCUGUUCAUCCCAGUAGAUGGGUUAGAUCUAAAGGGUUACACAUGAAAGGUACUACUCUGGCUCUCCUAUUGGGCAUGUUGCAAUCAUCCACUGGAUAUAGACCGUUGCAACUUUAUCCGGCGAUACUGAAAGCAGCCAUCUCUAUAAUUCGUAUACCUCCGUCUCUCAGUUACGAAGAGAAUGAAAUCUUCCUCACUGGAAUGCUGGAUAAGACAAUCGGGGCUACUACAGAGAUUGUUUUAUUACUGCAACCAGACAUACUGCAACAAGUUACGGAUGAGCUAGGCAUUUUAUCCAACGAGAUUAUAUCCGAUUCUGCGGACAUGCUGGCUACAUUAAUUGAUAUAUUGUUACCCUGGAUGCAAACCAAGUCGAACAUAGAGAGAAAGACCACUCUACUAGUGUUGGAUACUGUACUUAGGUCCUACUUCAAUUCUAUAAAAUUUACAUACCCAAGCGGCAAAUUCGACGCCGGAAAACUUGUGGGUAGAACUUUAUCCUGGUUUGCGGUCGCUGAAUCUUCAUUGAGGCCAUUAGUAGUAGAUUGCGUGCUUCUUUCGCUGAAUAUUGCAUGUCGUCAUCGCUCUAUGAUAACCGACACCACGUGGGAUGAAGACCUGAAGCGAAUCAAGACAAAUAUUACUACUCAUGACAAGUCGAUAAUUAACGAAGCUAUGAAGAGCUUGGCCAAAGCUGUGUCGGAAAGAAUUCCUAGCAGUGAAAUAAUUGGUUUAGCAGAGGGACUGAUAGAGGGCUUGUUGUUCGGUGGAGAAGCGGGCUUGGUAGUAGGCAUAGCUCUUUCACAACAUUUCAAAAUUAAAGGAUCAGAAAUGUCCAGAAAUGACGUUGGGUUGAUCGAUAAUAUUGUUACACAAAUGAGACACAUGGAAAAUGCAGACUGUAGGACCACUGCAGCAGCCGCUAUAGUAUUACUGAUGGCACAUCAUCCAGAAGAAGUGAUCGAACGUUUGUUACUUCAGCCAUUACCGUUGGAUCGGGCUACCGAAUUAUGCUGGAAAGAAAUCGGUAACAACGAUUUUGGACACCGGGCUUUGCAGUUGCUUCUGAUGAAACUUGAGACUAACAAUCUGUUUGCUGAGAGUACUACGUCGGCGCAUCCUGAGAAGAAUAACACCGCAUCUUUCCAAUCCUUGACGACUAUAAUAGCAUUGAAACAUUUGCUUCAAACACCGAAAGCCGAGAAUCUAAUCGACAAACAGUUGCCGAAAUUAUUAUCGAUUCUCCUUAAGUAUCUCGCAGGUUGGCUAGAAGUUGACGCUCCCGCGGCGGUAAUGAACACCAAGUAUGGAUACGUGCCAAAUUUGGAAGCGAGAAAGAUAAAGCCGCAUGCAGAAGUGUAUACUGUGUUAAGUAACGUGUUGAUUAUGGUUAACCCGAACGCUGCGUCGACUUUGUUGAAGGAAAUCGUAUCUUCCUCCACAGCCAAAAUCGAAGAGAACGUGGUGUUGACCGUGCGGAAAUUAAUUGAAUGUGUAUUAACUAGAAACGAUGUUCUCUCGAACAUGGCGCAAUCCAUAGGCAAGCUGAUGACCAGCACGAUUGCGAUACAACGAGCAGUCGCCGCUACAUUUUAUGCGGAACUGAUCGGUAAAGUGGACUGUGGAGUUAUAUGGCUCGACGCCAUAAUUAACACCUUGUACGAGGCUAAGGCUGACUCGUCACCCUUAGUGCGUACUCUCGCUACUACUGGACUCUCCAGGAUAGCUUACGUGGACCAAAAACUGAUUGACGUAUAUUUUGAUAAUUGUAUGGAUGCUUUACUCGACGGACUGGAGGAACCGGCUAGUGGUGAAGGAGGUAGUGAAGUGGUGCUCGAAUCAUUGCGCGGUCUUGCAGUACUAUUGUCCGUUCAAUCCAAGACACCUAUCAGUCCGCGGGUGGUGAUGGCUCUGAAACCAUUCAUUGAAAAGGAGAAUAUAGACAUGAAAUUCGCCGCUAUAAGUGUUUUGGGCGCGAUAGCGAUUAAUUGGCAGACAACGGCUGCAUUAGCAGACGACAACGAUUUGUCCGACCAUCUUUUGUGGUGUUUACCGUGCCUGAUAGUGAGACUGGAAGAUGCGAAUAUACUGGUAGCCAAGAUCACGCAGGAAACUCUAUAUAAAAUUGCAAAUAUUCUGCAAUGUGAGAAAUUGUCGCGUGCAAUACGUAUUAAUUUGGGGCUACAAGUAAAAGUUAAUUUUGAAACUUUUGCGAAGGAAUUGAUAGAUUGCUUGAAGGAGGAACUUCCGCAAAGAGCAGAAGAACUCAGAAAUUCCGUUGUCCGAGGAUACUCCAGAUCAGAAAAUCCUCAUACCAGAGCAACAUCUGCACUACUUUUAGGAGAUAAGUCUUGCAUGAGACCUACAUCCAACACGACAGUAGUCGUAACACCACCAGAAUCAGCAGCCAAUUUCAGAACCAUAAACAAAGAGAUACGUGAAUAUACUUUUAGCCGUGUAUUCACAUUUGAUGUAACGCAAAAAGAAAUAUUCAAAACAGUUGCUUUACCACUUGUGGAAAACCUCAUUCAAGGAAGAAAUGGUCUUCUAUUUACAUAUGGUGUGACUGGGAGUGGAAAGACUUAUACAAUGACUGGAGAAGCUCAAGAUUGUGGAAUCAUGCCUAGAUGCUUGGAUGUUAUCUUCAAUACCAUUUCAAAUUAUCAGGCAAAGAAAUUUGUUUUUAAGCCAGAUAACUUGAAUGGUUUUGAUGUACAAAGUGAGGCUGAUGCUAUGCUUGAAUGGCAGCAGCAGAUUCAUACAGGUCUGACACAAAGAAGUGGAAAAUAUGUAAAAUAUCGUAAGGUGGACAGCGAUGGUGAUAGUAAUCCUAUGGUAGCUCACGAACGAAAUGAAUCACAAACAGUAAUGAUUGAUACAGAUAAUGCAUAUUCUGUAUUUGUUACAUAUGUUGAAAUUUAUAAUAAAAACGUAUAUGAUCUAUUAAAUGAAGAUGACAUCACAUCCAAGGCACCACAAAGUAAAAUAAUCAGAGAAGAUGGCAACAAAAAUAUGUAUGUAUAUGCGGUCACUGAAGUUGAAGUGAAGACCGCUGAAGAAGCUUUUGAAAUAUUUCAACGUGGGCAGCGGAAAAGACGCGUUGCACAAACUGCAUUGAAUGAAGAGUCGAGUAGAUCACACAGUGUUUUUACUAUCCGACUUGUGCAGGCACCCCUAGAUUGUGAAGGUGAAAACGUGAUGCAAGAUAAGCGAGUCGUGUGUAUAAGUCAAUUAUCUUUAGUCGAUCUAGCAGGUAGUGAGAGAACGAAUCGCACUAAGAAUACUGACCAACGUUUACUCGAAGCAAACAAUAUCAAUAUCUCUCUAAUGAAUCUACGCUCGUGUUUGGAAAUCUUGCGAGAGAAUCAGAGUCAAGGCACGAAUAAGGUGGUACCUUAUCGUGAUUCUAAACUUACUUAUUUGUUCAAAAACUAUUUCGAUGGUGAGGGGCAAGUUAGAAUGAUAAUUUGUGUAAACCCGAGAGCAGACGACUAUGAUGAAACAAUUCAAGUCAUGAACUUUGCGGAAAUGACCCAAGAAGUACAGACUAUAAGACCUACUGCUCCAAAAUUGGAACUUGGGUUUACACCUGGAAGAAGAUUAGCAAAGGAAGCAAAGAACAAAUCAGAGAAAAAAAGUCGAGUGGAAGCUAUUGAUCUAGGUUUAGUAUAUAAUUUGGACGGACCAUUUCCUGAAUUGGAAACCAUUACUCCAAAUAAUGAUCAAGUAAUACAUUCUGUGUUACAAUUUUUGAAGCAACGUAUUAACAAGCGCAAUCUAUUGCGCGCAGAUUUAUUGAAGAAACAAAAUGAAUUUAGAAAAAUGUUAGUGACAGUACAACAAGAGAAUAUGAACUUAACAGUUGAAACUGCUACAUUGAAAGCUGCAAAUUCGCAACAGAAAAAAAAAAUAGAAGUGUUAGAAGAACAUCUUUGUAAGACAGAAAAACAAAUUGACAAUCUACUGUGUGAAUUAAAUAGUGCUGGUGAUACAAUACGAAGUUUAAGACAGGAGAUACAAAAACGAGAUUUGGCAUUGAAUAAAGGUUUGAUUGACAAGCAAAAAGUGAAACAAAGAUAUAACACCAAAAUGCAACUAGAAACAGAUAAAAUGAACAAAGAAUUAGAAAUUAAGCUGCGUCAACAGCGUGAACGUCUUCAAAAUCAAAUGAGAGAGAAGGAAGAUAAAAUACGGUUGAUGAAACAAAUUUUAGUGGACGAUGAUAAUACUGACCCUACAGUGAUGAUCCCACAAAAAGGACGAAUCCCAGAAUCAGCAACAAAAGUCUUCUCAGAUACAGAAACUCGGAAAUCGCGAAAGGACAAUAUACCUGUUUCAAAUCCGCGCUACAGACGAUCGCGAAGUGUAGAGAGAUGGAUUGAUCAUCGACCUGGAGCUUUAGUACCACUAGGUACCGUUUUGCAGCCACGAAUGCAAAGAAGACGAAGCGUAACGCGACUUACUUCUCCGAAAGAAAUUACGGAAGGUGCAUCCAGAUAUUGUCUUGUCACACAAGAGCAAGAUACAGAUGGAGAACUUGAAACAAAAUUAUACAAGGGUGACAUAUUGCCAACAAGUGGUGGUGGAGCACAAGUAGUAUUUGAUGAUAUGGAAUGUUUAAAACAAACGUCACCGAAGGCAAGGAAACGAAGCGGGCCUCGAGAAGAGUUAAAUCGAGUAGUUGUUCCUACUGAAAUAAAUCCGAAAAAAGCACGUAUAACACCUUUAGAUUGAAACUUAUAAUAAAAUCACUUAGCUUGAGGGAAUAAAAUGAAAUAAAAUAUUUUAUACAAUUGAUAUUAUUAUUGCAACACAUUCAUAAAGCACGUUAGUAUUUUUACUUAUAAUUCUUUUAAGAGUUUAGGUAAUUGAAAAGAUGUGUAUAUCGUUUCUUAGUAUAAUAAUUUUUGUACCUUUUUAUAUUUUAUGACAUAUGUGUGUGUGUGUGUGUGUUCUACUUAUAUUUUUCUUUUCGUACGUCUUACGCGGGACACUCUGUGUGUGUGUAUAUAUAUAUAUAUAUGUGU